AACACAGUAAACGUCAGUUGACUUCGUCUAAUAAAAAAUCCGACUAUACUACUGAGUACUACUCAAAAAGGAGACAAAACAUUCUUAAUUAUUUUGAAGUCGUAAAUUUCAUUCGUAAAAAAAAAAUAUGGGCAAGACAUCCAAAGAUAAGCGAGAUAUAUAUUACAGGCUUGCUAAAGAAGAAGGUUGGCGUGCACGUAGCGCAUUUAAACUUUUGCAAAUUAACGAGGAAUACAACAUAUUUAAUGGUGUACUGCGUGCAGUGGAUCUUUGCGCAGCACCAGGCAGUUGGAGUCAAGUUUUAACCAAGAAUCUUCGACAAAAUGCUGUAAAUACUGAGGACGUUAAAAUAGUUGCUGUUGAUCUUCAGGCGAUGGCAGCAUUACCGGGAGUGAAACAAAUUCAAGGGGAUAUUACCAAACAAGAAACAGCAAAUGCUAUAAUAGAAGAGUUCCAAGGCCUCAAAGCAGAUUUGGUUGUAUGUGAUGGUGCACCAGAUGUAACAGGCUUACAUGAUAUUGAUGAAUAUGUCCAAUCUCAGUUAUUACUCGCUGCACUGAACAUAACAACCCAUGUUCUUAAGAAUGGAGGUACAUUUGUGGCCAAAAUAUUCAGAGGAAAAGAUGUUUCCCUGCUGUACUCACAAUUAAAACAGUUUUUUAAACUUGUGACAGUAUCCAAACCUAGGAGUUCAAGAAAUUCGAGUAUUGAAGCCUUUGUAAUUUGCGAGAAAUACAAUCCCCCAGAAGAUUAUGUGCCGAAUAUGGUCAAUCCACUGUUAGAUCAUAAAUACUUUGAUUUGAAUUCUGAUUUUAAUAGUUUUACUGGAAUAAAUAGAUUUAUAGUGCCAUUCAAUGCUUGUGGAGAUCUUAGUGCUUAUGACUCGGAUACAUCAUAUUCUCUACUGCUUGAAGGACAAACAUCUUAUGAGUAUAAAAAUCCAAUACAAAGUCCUAUCAAUCCACCUUACAAAGAUGUUUUGGAAAAAACAAAAAAAUUAAAAAUAAAUCAUGUUCCUAAAUAAAUAAAA